AUGUGGACAGGAAAGCAACCCGGCAAGAUCAUCGACGAAUGGGAACAAUACAUAAAACGAGAAACCAGAGACAGAACCGACCUACAAACCGCGACACGCACAGCCAGAGGCAGCACAACACAAGCAGACAUAGACACCGAACACACCAUAAUACUCACAGCCGGGAGGAGAGUGACGGAGGCAUGGAGCAGAAGUUUAGUUGAGGAAGAUCCAUACGCACAGCCAGGAACGAUCGAAAACGCUAUGGACGCACCAAACGAAAGCUACACAGGAUAUUUCAACGUGGCAAGGCUAGGACAAAACAGAGUCCACACGGUCAACUCGCAAGGACACACACAAGAACAUGAGAUCUACGAUACCACCAAAAUCUCCCCCAGCUUCCACACAACACCCAUGAUCUCAGCGCAAGGCACGAUAGCAAUCACAACCAACGACGCGGAGGUAACAUCACUGGUCCGAACGAUCAGACCCUGGGAAGCCCUCAGCCUGUUCGGUUUCACAAAAGAGGAAAGCAGAAAACUGUUGUUUGAGGAGAAACUCAGUUGGAGAGAGACAAAAGAGACAAUGAAGAGCAUGGCACCACAACAGGUGUGGCAGCAAGUGUUCACUUACAGCAUGUGCAAAAACAUCCAGCGACAACACUUAUUGGACAAAACAGAACACAAAUUCUUGACAAUGUACGCAAGACCAAAACAGGCCAAGAAACACCUAACAGCAAUAGUCAGCAGAUCCAUCAACCCAUUCACAACACUACCGAUCCCAACCGGAGAAGACUGGCGCGAGAAAUGCAAUGGCGACCCGGACAUCAGCCACAUCAUCAAGGCAAUCCGCAACAACAAAAAGGUAGACAGAUCAAAGCUCACAAACCCAACGUAUGCCUCAGAACUCAACAGAGAUAAGCUAGAGAUUGAAAACGGCAUCCUAUACCAAUUCGAAGAACCGAAGUCGGCACCAAUGCGUCAACUACGACGAGCGGUCGUCCCACCAAGAUUGAGAGCCACAAUCAUAGCAGCAUACCACGCAUCACCAAUAGCAGGGCACGUAGGGUUCCACAAGACGUAUUACAGGAUAGCAGCAAGGUUUUGGUGGCCCGGGAUGGCAAAGGAUAUCAGAGAAGCAGUCCUAGGAUGCGGACAUUACAAUGCAGCCAACCCGUCGAGCCACAAAAACCAAAAGAUUCUACAACAGACCCCAAUAGAAGAACCAUUUGACGUAUGUUGCAUGGACGUUUGGUCGCCAGGAUCAACAAAGAACGCUACCAAAAUGUCCACAACUUUGAGGAAGACGCUCACAAACAAAGGAGUAGUCACUUACGUUUGCAACAUGACAGGUUGUGCCACGGUCGCUUUCAACAGCUCCAUGGACUCAGGGAACAUGGCCAGAAUAGCAUUCUCGCAAUUCUUCACGGUCCGAGGCCUGCCACGAUUGAUCCUCAUCGAUGAAGGCAGCGAAAACAAAGAUCAAUUUACCGCCCUAUGCGACACGAUUGGAAUCGCAUACCACACGGUCAGUCCGGAAAACCACAACAGAAUACUCUGUGAAAGAUUCCACAAAUACCUCAACAAGGUGCAACGAAUCGGAGCAGCCAACAUGAACACUUACGAAGAAUGGGCAAUGAACACCAUGUUUGGAACAUAUGCAUGA